UGAGCAUGCGCUGUGGAGCUUUGUUACUGUUAGCUACUUUGGCCCAGUUACUAGCUACUGUAAAAAUGGCGUUAAGCAAAACCUUUGGGCAGAAACCGAUAAAAUUUCAGUUAGAGCAAGAUGGAGACUUUUACAUGGUUGGAUCAGAGGUAUGUAUGAGCUGUAUGAUAACGGGAAUAUUUAGCUGGCAACACAGCGUACUGGCAGCCAGAAUGUUGGUCAUCAUCAGCCUGUGCGGUUGCAUUGUUGUGUCUGUUCUGAAAGCUAACGUUAGCAGCUAACUAGCCAAGUUAGCUGGCUAGAGCUCAAACUAGCUAACAUCCCGCUUUGCAGAAUGAAUCAUGUCUAGCUAACUAACGUUAGUUCGCUAGCACUGUCAAGCUUGCAUGCAAUUAAAGUGUAGUCUAUACUUUGUAUUGUAGGAGCUAGUACAAUUGACCCAUUCAAUGGACAAACUGCUUUGUAUCAAGCUAACGUUAGGUAGCUAGCUAGCUAAGUCCGGCAUUGUUGUGACCGUCCGGUCUGGAGUUGUGCGCUGGGUGGUUCUCUCCCAACAUUUGUUCAUUCAACAACUCCAGACAGCUACUCCCUGCCCAUACUAUAGUCAAACACUAUUGGAGAUAUGAGAUGCCUUGGAUCCCUAGGCAGCAACAAGAUCUAGCUAACUAAAGUGAACAACUGUAUAAAUAGCUAGCUACAAGCCGACUCAACCCCCUGCGAUGUACGAUCGUAAAUCGUUGAGUUUCGUCGGCUAGCUAGCUACGUACUCCGUCAAUACUUGGCUACAUGAAGUGUAGGGGCUUGGGGUUGUUUCUGGGCUCUAUACUCUACUAGUAAGCACAGAAUAGCUGACUCUCUUCCUUACUCUCAGGUUGGAAACUACCUGCGUAUGUUCAGGGGCUCCCUGUAUAAAAGGUACCCAUCACUCUCGAGGAGGUUAGCCUCCGUAGAGGAGAGGAAGAAAAUUGUAGCAUCAUCUCACGGUGAGUGAUACGCUCUUGACAUCUUAUACCAUUUUUAUUUUAUUGUUAUUCACACGUACACUUAUACGCCCAGGCAGCAAGUAGCAUCCUAGCGUCCUUUUUUUUUGUCGCGUUUCGUAAACAACAGGUGUAGCCUAACAGUGAACUGCUCACUUAAUGGUCAUUUUCUAACAAUGUAGAGUUAAAGAAAUAGUGACACGAGGAAUAAACACACGGUAUAUGACAAAUAACAGUAACGAGUAAAAAAUAACAUGACUAUAUACAGGGAGUACCAGUACCGAGUCGAUGUGCAGGGGUAGUAGGUAAUAGAGGUAGCUAUGUACAUCUAGGUAGGGGUAAAGUGAGUUAGUGCAAAACAUUAUUAACACAUGGUUACAUAACUUUUAGCCACAAGUGUGACUCUGCUGAAGGCAUCCGAAUGUGAAGAGAUCUUCGAGGGGAACGAUGAGAAGUACAAAGCUGUUUCUAUCAGCACAGAGCCACCGGCCUACCUCAGGUAAUGCCUACUUGUUAUCUACAUUUACAUAUUUUAAAUUUUAGUCAUUUAGCAGACGCUCUUAUCCAGAGCAAUUUACAGUAGUGAGUGCAUACAUUUUCAUACUUUUUGUACUUGUCCCCCUUGGGAAUGGAAUCCACAACCCUGGAGUUGCAAGCACCAUGCACUACCAACUGAGCCAAACAGGACCAUUACAUACGAGUCCUGCGUAACAGCUAGUGCAUGACAAUAUCGACUAUUACCAAAUUGUGCCUUUUCAAGCUACUACAGGCACCUUGGCGUGUGAACAAACCCAAAUGGGUUUCAUUGGUCACAGUAUUGCAUUUUCAAUGUCCCCACAUUCUCAAAAGUCCCUACUUCUCUGUCCAUCUCAGGGAGCAGAAGGCGAAGAGGAACAGCCAGUGGGUCCCCACGCUGCCCAACAGCUCCCACCACCUGGACGCCGUUCCCUGCUCCACCACCAUCAACCGCAACCGCAUGGGCCGCGACAAGAAGAGGACCUUCCCCCUGUGGUGAGGAAAGCCCUUCCAUAUUGGCCAAUGUUUGUGGAUGUAUUCAUAUAAAUACAACUACAAAUAUACUUUGAUUGCUUGUGUACCAUUUAUAUAGAUGUGCCCUUUAUUUUUAUUUUUUUAAUAAACUAAGUUUUUCACAUUUUAAAAUAAUAUAUACUUCACAAAAAUACAAUCCAACUUUCACAUCAAUACAUUUGAGUUCAUAAUUACAUAACAUCAUUUGCAGAUGUAAGUGUCAAUUUCUUCUUUUUAGUUAUGUUUUGAUUUGUUAAAAAAAAUUGUGUUAGAACAAAAAGUUGUUUUAUAGUCUUAAUGAAUCUUGUCUUCCAAAUUGAGAGACAUUGCUGCAUUUUUCAGGCCAGGUUAGAAUGGCCCUUUGACUCUUGAGAGACUGGCUUUCUACUCUGUUUCUCAUUGAUCGCUACAAGGUCCCGAUAUGGCCACACAAGGAAUCUCAGAUCUGCUUGCUCAACGGCUCUCAUCAGUGAAUGGAUGACUGUAUAGCCGCGAUCCAUUAUGGGGAACCUUCAGAGUGUGGGAAAAUUAAGGGAUGGUUCAGUCGCACUCUAUAUCACCCUCCUGCUCUCAAGCUAUUUGGGGGUCAGGCGAUGCAGUCUGAGACAGAGGCCAUCCAGGGUCACUGGGACUCCUUCCUCUUGUUUUUACAUUCGGUAGAGUUGCUCGUUCAUCAUCAGCUGCUUUUCCGAUGGUCUUCCAGAAAGCAAGCCCUGUCUCCUGUCCUGACAUGACCGUCUAUGAAAACAUACCUCCCUCUCUCCCCCUUCCCACAGCCCACUCGUCUACAUCACACACGCAUUUAAUUGUGUGGCUGGAACUUAUCAAAACAUAUGUUUAUACAGGGGCAUUUUUUGCUGACCUUGAAAGAUGGAGGCUUUUAAGUGCCGUUGCCAUGUUUUCAACAGGCAUGGUCUCUGACCGUAGCGCUUGUUUUCAUGCUGGAAUUGCAAGGUGGCCAUCUUUGUUUAGUUGCUGUGUGCGUUUGUAACUACGGUUUAGAUAAUAAAUAGGGAAGUACAUACUCAAUUAUGUUAGGGUCUUGUUUAUCUGAUGGUAGAAAAGUUAGUUUUGUAAUAGGACACCCUUAACUUGUGAAAAAUGUAGGCCUAAAUAACUAAAUUAUUUGAACAAACAAAGAGUGAUGUAAACUGUGGGUGAAUAAACAGUGAUGCUUUUUCACAUCGUAUAGCCUAAGUUGCUAAGGCAACAGGGUGGGGUAAUAAACAACACUUGUUUACUUCGGAGGUCUAACACUUUUCUGUGGGUUUUGAAUCCUUAAAAAAUGUUGGACCUAGUAUCACUUUCCCAGCUAGGUUGUUGACACAAUGUCUCCAAAAGGCCUCUACAAUGCUAGAAAUAACAUCUUUUUUUCAAGACCUUGAAAACACACAACGUAAGCAUGUAUGUCUCAAAGCAUUGCUUAUUUUGCUGUGGUUUUGGCGAGACCCAUCUUGUGGCUUCUCUAGUGAACAUCUCUCCUUUCUCUGACGCAGAUGUGAUCUGCUGAACAGCGCAUGUUGUGCAAGCUGCACUCUGAAUGUUAAUGUUGAUAGACAUCUAGACCAGAAAAUACCCUAUAAACCAGUAGAGUAGACAGAUCUAUGAAUCUUUCACAGUCCACCCAAUUUGUCGGGACAGUAGAAUUUGCCAUUGUUGAAUUUUAAUUUUAUUAGCAUCCCAAUUAACUGAUGUCAUGACAUCGGCUAAUAUUCCUGGGGUCCAACACAGAACUAAAAAUAAUUUACUAAGAAUGUGUAGACUACUACCCUGGCCAUUUCUUUAUGUGUGGAGCCAACUCUUCUGUCGUUGUCAAGACAUACAUAGGGUUAGCAUGACAAAUGAACAAACACAGAAAGGAGUUGGCGCAAGUACAAACAGACUAGACCACCAGGCUAGUAGAAUGCUGACAGAGAGAGACACACAGAAUUCCCAUGUGAUAAGCAUCAAUUCAUCAUACAUUCCCAAUGGUGUAUCAGACAUGGCCACCAGUGUACAAUGACGUUGAUUGGAUUAAUCUUUUGCUAGCAAUGACCUGCUGCAGGCGAGUAAAAGCUAAAUUAGCGGUAGAUUUUAGAGCCUGUUAUUCAUGAUAAAUGUCUUUAAAGGUGUCUACAAUAACUCUAUAGGAUGCCAACAAAUGACGUACUAACGUUUCGUAGAUUGUAGCGUAAUCUAACGCCUUGUCUUCCCCCUCUUCUUCCCUCUGCGAAGCUUUGACGACCACGACCCAGCGGUGAUCCACGAGAACGCGUCUCAGGCCGAGGUGCUAGUUCCCAUCCGUCUGGACAUGGAGAUUGACGGGCAGAAGCUCAGAGAUGCGUUCACCUGGAACAUGAACGGUACUGCUCCACUCUCCAUCCCCCGGGUGGAAGACUGCUUUGGAGCAACAAAGUCCAGUUAAGGGUGUUAUUCUGAAAACAACCUAAAAGGCUGUAGAAUUGUUUGCCUGUAACAGAAACGGCCUCAAAAGCCACACUGAAUGCAUUUCAUUAAUCUAAAGUGGCUUCCUUCCUAUCCUUGCCUCCUCUUUUUUUAUGUGCACUGAUCUGAAGAUGCAUGAACAUACACAUAGGAAGCCUCUUUAGACUAAUGAGACUCUCCCACCAUCCUCUCCUUCAGAGAAGCUGAUGACCCCGGAGAUGUUUGCAGAGAUCCUGUGUGACGACCUGGACCUGAACCCCCUGGCCUUUGUCCCGGCCAUUGCCUCAGCCAUCCGCCAGCAGAUAGAGUCCUACCCCACAGACAGCAUCCUGGACGAGCAGACCGACCAGAGGGUCAUCAUCAAGGUGGGUACACACACUAGGGCCCUAUACAAUUAGUUUUUAGUUUUUUUUGCCUGAUUCCGUUUUUGUUUUUACAGGUUUCCGUUUUUUUCUGGUUUUCGCUCUCAAAAUCAUACAUUUUUUAAAUAGAAAAACAACAAAAGUUUGUUCUUAGUCCACAACAAUGCUUAAACCACUUCACAAAGCCACUUUUGAGGUCUCUGAAAAAAUGGUGUAGUUACCCUUUAAUGCAAGUGCCACCAGCCAGAGACUGCGCUCAUGUGAUUGCAGAGUUUGCAAAAACAAAUCGGCACUGGAUUGAUGCAAAUAAUCAUGAUAUCACUCUUAGAGCCGAACCGAUAUGAGAUUUUUGGGUCUAAUACAGAUUUUAGGGAAGCAAAAGUCACCGAUUACCGUUAUAUCUACCGAUAUAUUGUUUGUUAGAGGUGGAAUGAAAAACAUAUAUUAUUUUUUACACCAAUUGUGCUACAAAGUAUUACCAGAUACUCUGAUGAUUUCUUAAAAAAAUAUUUUUUCUAUCAUUUAUUUAAGAACAUUUUAUUUGUGGUUUACAGGAUAUCCAACAAAAAGCAACUACACUGAGGGAAAAAAGUAUUUGAUCCCCUGCUGAUUUUGUACAUUUGCCCACUGACAAAGACAUGAUCAGUCUAUCAUUUUAAUGGUAGGUUUAUUUGAACAGUGAGAGACAGAAUAACAACAACAAAAAUCCAGAAAAACGCAUGUCAAAAAUGUUAUAAAUUGAUUCGCAUUUUAAUGAGGGAAAUAAGUAUUUGACCCCUCUGCAAAACAUGACUUAGUACUUGGUGGCAAAACCCUUGUUGGCAAUCACAGAGGUCAGACAUUUCUUGUAGUUGGCCACCAGGUUUGCACACAUCUCAGGAGGGAUUUUGUCCCACUCCUCUUUGCAGAUCUUCUCCAAGUCAUUAAGGUUUCGAGGCUGACUUUUGGCAACUCAAACCUUCAGCUCCCUCCACAGAUUUUCUAUGGGAUUAAGGUCUGGAGACUGGCUAGGCCACUCCAGGACCUUAAUGUGCUUCUUCUUGAGCCUCUCCUUUGUUGCCUUGGCCGUGUGUUUUGGGUCAUUGUCAUGCUGGAAUACCCAUCCACGACCCAUUUUCAAUGCCCUGGCUGAGGGAAGGAGGUUCUCACCCGAGAGUUGACGGUACAUGGCCCCGUCCAUUGUCCCUUUGAUGCGGUGAAGUUGUCCUAUCCCCUUAGCAAAAAAACACUCCCUUAGCAUAAUGUUUCCACCUCCAUGUUUGAUGGUGUCCUUGGGGUCAUAGGCAGCAUUCCACCUCCUCCAAACACGGCGAGUUGAGUUGAUGCCAAAGACCUCGAUUUUGGUCUCAUCUGACCACAACACUUUCACCCAGUUCUCCUCUGAAUCAUUCAGAUGUUCAUUGGCAAACUUCAUACGGGCCUGUAUAUGUGCUUUCUUGAGCAGGGGGACCUUGCGGGCGCUGCAUGAUUUCAGUCCUUCACGGCGUAGUGUGUUACCAAUUGUUUUCUUGGUGACUAUGGUCCCAGCUGCCUUGAGAUCAUUGACAAGAUCCUCCCGUGUAGUUCUGGGCUGAUUCCUCACCGUUCUCAUGAUCAUUGCAACUCCACGAGGUGAGAUCUUGCAUGGAGCCCCAGGCCGAGGGAGAUUGACAGUUAUUUUGUGUUUCUUCCAUUUGCGAAUAAUCGCACCAACUGUUGUCACCUUCUCACCAAGCUGCUUGGCGAUGGUCUUGUAGCCCAUUCCAGCCUUGUGUAGGUCUACAAUCUUGUCCCUGACAUCCUUGGAGAGCUCUUUGGUCUUGGUCAUGGUGGAGAGUUUGGAAUCUGAUUGAUUGCUUCUGUGGACAGGUGUCUUUUAUACAGGUAACAAGCUGAGAUUAGGAGCACUCCCUUUAAGAGUGUGCUCCUAAUCUCAGCUCGUUACCUGUAUAAAAGACAACUGGGAGCCAGAAAUCUUUCUGGUUGAGAGGGGGUCAAAUACUUAUUUCCCUCCAUUAAAAUGCAAAUCCAUUUAUAACAUUUUUGACAAUUAUUUUUUCUGGAUUUUUUUGUUGUUAUUCUGUCUCUCACUGUUCAAAUAAACCUACCAUAAAAAUUAUAGACUGAUCAUUUCUUUGUCAGUUGGCAAACGUACAAAAUCAGCAGGGGAUCAAAUACUUUUUUCCCUCACUGUAUAGCCUCUAUAAAUACGACAGUAAAAUAUGUUUAUAUAUGUUUUAUCUUCUUAGACACAUUUUGAAGUUGGCCCUAUCUGUGGCAGUGCAUAAGAAGUAUGCAAAAGUGUUUGCUAGGGGUGGCUGGCUGAGAGAAUUAAACUUUGUCUCAAAGUCAAUCUGAAAUGGCACUGUUCACAAAUAAGCAUUGAAAUGCAGUAACCUGCUGUUCGUAACUAGGUAUCAGCAUUUGUCUUGAGUAGAUUUACUACAGUGUUUACAACAGUCAAAGGUCAUGUAAGCAAACACUUUAUGGCAACCUCGCAGUGAGAGUACGUUAUAUCAAGCGCAGGCUAGCUGUUCAUUACGACAAUGUUUCCUUACAGAAACCAUAUGUACAUUACAUUGUAAUUCGAAAGGUAUUGGCUAUAAAUUUCAACUGCAAAUGUCAUGCGCUGAUGACUGAAAACGUUUAUGCAGGCAUAUCUUGCCGCACUGGUUUUAAUCACACAUUCUAAUUUAGCUAGCUAGCUAAAGUUAGCUACUUAUCUCAUCAUUUAAUGCAAGCACAUGGCCUGAAUGAUAGAUCUGCGCCAACUGUCUUGCUUUUUGCAGAUUGCAUAUUUGGGAAAACAACUAACUAAAUAAGCCCACCAGCUAACAAAAUAGGUCCAUACAGUAACAGUGUUAUUUUUGUAUCAAUGACGAGUGUUCACUUUGGCGCCAAUCCAGUGUUGGCACAUAAGUAUCACAGAUUGCGAGCUAGCUAAGCUACCUAAUCAUGUUUUUCAUGAAAUUUGAUGAUAUUUGAAGGAAACCAGAUCAAAGUAUGAUGACCAAAGUAUGAAGAAUGAAUGUUGCUUCUACGUUGAUAAAGUUUGAUCAUAGUUACUCGUCUCCUCCACCAUGUCAAACACUUGGAUUCAUUAUUAAGGGGACAAAGUGACAUCACCUUAACUCUCAUUUUGAUACACCAAUGGUAACAUGAUAUUCUCUUACCUAAUUUAAAUAAGUACCAGCGCCUUGUAACCAACAUCGGAGAAGGCGUGUUUGCAGAGGGGCGUGGUUUAUAUAGCUAGAUAGCUACUCUACUGGUACCAAAAUUGGACUGUAGGGUGUCGGCAAAUAUAAUAAAAAGUUUACCCUAUUUAUCUAUGGCAAAGAUACUUAUGUUUCCCCUUUCAUCUGUAUCUGGUUACCGGCUAGCUAGGUCUUCAGCCAGCAUGGAACAAAAGGGGGGUGGGGGUGGGGGGGGUGGUCGUUAAACUCUGACGCAGUUGUCAAGUCAACACAUCCGUCAGUGCAGCUGUGAACCGCAUCACGAGAGACAUGCCAAAUGGGAGAUGUAGAAAACAAUUAUAUAUAUAUAUAUAUAUAUAAAUGAUCGAUGAAAUUUCAAUGUUUGAGUUGCUUUGUGUAUCACCAAAUUUGCUUGAUGAUUUUACUGCAAAACUCCUCACUGCAUCCAAGUUGCGUUCAGAAAGUAUUCAGACCCCUUGACCUUUUCCACAUUACAGCCUAAUUCUAAAAUGGAUUAAAUUGUUUUUCCCCCCCUCAUCAAUCUACACACCAAUACCCCAUAAUGACAAAGCAAAACAGGUUUUUAGAAAUGUGUGCAAAUGUAUUAAACAUAAAAUACAGAAAUAUCACAUUUACAUAAGUAUUCAGACCCUUUACUCAGUACUUUGCUGAAGACCCUUUGGCAGCGAUUACAGCCUCAAGUCUUCUUGGGUAUGAUGCUACAAGCUUGGCACACCUGUAUUUGGGGAGUUUCUCCCAUUCUUCUCUGCAGAUCCUCUCAAGCUCUGUCAGGUUGGAUGGGGAGCGUCGCUGCACAGCUAUUUUCAGGUCUUUCCAGAUAUGUUAAAUCGGGUUCAAGUCCUGGCUCUGGCUGGGCCACUCAAGAACAUUCAGGGACUUGUCCCGAAGCCACUCCUGCGUUGUCUUGGCUGUGUGCUUAGGGUCGUUGUCCUGUUGGAAGGUGAACCUUUGCCCCAGUUUGAUAUCCUGAGUGCUCUGGAGCAGGGUUUCAUCAAUGAUAUCUCUGUACUUUGCUCCGUUCUUCUUUCCCUCAAUCCUGACUAGUCUCCCAGUCCCUGCCGCUGAAAAACAUCCCCACAGCAUGAUGCUGCCACCACCAUGCUUCACCAUAGGGAUGGUGCCAGGUUUCCUCCAGACGUGACGCUUGGCAUUCAGGCCAAAGAGUUCAAUCUUGGUUUCAUCAGACCAGAGAAUCUUGUUUCUCAUGGUCUGAAUCCUUUUAAGUGCCUUUUGGCAAACUCCAAGCCAGCUGUUGUGCCCUUUACUGAGGAGUGGCUUCUGUCUGGCCACUCUACCAUAAAGGCCUGCUUGGUGGAGUGCUGCAGAGAUGGUUGACCUUCUGGAAGGUUCUCCCAUCUCCACAGAGGAACUCUAGAGCUCUGUCAGAGUGACCAUCGUGUUCUUGGUCACCUCCCUGACCAAGGCCCUUCUCCCCCGAUUGCUCAGUUUGGCCGGGCGGCCAGCUCUAGGAAGAGUCUUGGUGGUUCCAAACUUCUUCCAUUUAAGAAUGAUGGAGGCCACUGUGUUCUUGGGGACCUUCCCCAGAUCUGUGCCUCGACAAAAUCCUGUCUCGGAGCUCUACGGACAAUUCCUUCGACCUCGUGGCUUGGUUUUUGCUCUGACAUUCACUGUCAACUGUGGGACCUUUAUAUAGACAGGUGUGUUCCUUUCCAAAUCAUAUCCAAUCAAUUGCAUUUACCACAGGUGGACUCCAAUCAAGUUGUAGAAACAUCUCAAGGAUGAUCAAUGAAAACAGGAUGCACCUGAGCUCAAUUUCGAGUCUCAUAGCAAAGGGUAAAUAAGGUAUUUCUAAACCUGUUUUCGCAUUGUCAUUAUGGGGUAUUGUGUGUAGAUUGAUGAGGGAAAAAAUGUAUUUAAUCAAUUUUAGAAUAAGGCUGUAACGUAACAAAAUGUGGAAGAAGUCAAGGGGUCUGAAUACUUUCUGAAUGCACUGUAGGCUCUUCAAAGAGCUGUCAGUCAAGGCGAGUUCAUGAAUAUAAGCUCCCCGCCCACUCAGCCUCUUUUCAAACUUCCUGGUAACCAUGAGAGAGAAAUUACUUUUCAGAAUAACUGUUCAGGACCUAUAACUAAGUGCGAAUAUGAUGAGGACAGGGCUGCUUGCUUGGGAAGUGUACUUUUGAUUAUUUAUUUAUUCAAAUAUGCUGGUUGUGGCAUGCUACUCACCCUCAAACCACCAUGCCUGCUCUCUCUCAAAUUGUGACCUAGGAUGGAAUGAUGUUCAAUGAGCAGCUCGUCAAGCGCCCUCUUCAGGCAACCAUUGAAAUGUAAAAAUGUUUAACACAAAUGAGCAGACGUAUUUGUUGAUUCUAUGUAUUUAAUAUCGGCGCUUUUAUCUGUGUAAUAAAGACUGAUACAAAUAUUUCUGUGAAAGGCUAAUAUUGGCCGAUAACCGAUUUAUCAGUCGGGCUCUAAUCAUUCUGCCAGGUAGGCAUAGGCUACUUUGUAGUGAAAAAUUGAGAAGGUUUUUGGGAAAGCCUUUCCAUCUACCAGCAGAUGGUUAUCAUUAGCAUUAUCGCUAACGGCUACACAGAGUGUAGACCAGACAUACGAGCACCACACAACACACACAGAUGGGCAUUACUGUGCCCUUUCAGAAAGUUGCAGGAAAAUACAAAUCACUGAUGCAUUUUGUUCAUGUCUUAUGAUUUAACUUGGGCAAAUGAAUGAAUUUUCUAAUAAGUUGAAUACAUUUAGUUACGUGGUCCUCUGUAGCUCAGCUGGUAGAGCACGGCGCUUGUAACGCCAAGGUAGUGGGUUCGAUCCCCGGGACCACCCAUACACAAAAAUGUAUGCACGCAUGACUGUAAGUCGCUUUGGAUAAAAGCGUCUGCUAAAUGGCAUAUUAUUAUUAUAUUAUUAUUAUUAUUAUUUCCUACUAAGUUCAAUGCAUUUUUGAAUAUUGUUAAAUUCCGUUUUAAUGUCUGGAUUCCGUGAUUCCGUCCGCGUUUACCUCAACGUGGAUUUUAUAGGGCCCUACACACACACAGUCUGUCUGUCAGUCAGUCUGUCUCACACACACACAAAGACAAAGACUUCACUGCUGCAAAGAUCAAGGGCUGUAUCUCAAUAGUAAAAUCAAGUGUCUGCAUCUGGCCCAAGUGCCGCCAGUUUGAGACCCCUGUUUGUCACAACAUCACUCGUAUACAUACUGUAUCGCUUAAACUGUUUGUUGUGUGUGACUCAGCUGAAUAUCCACGUGGGGAACAUCUCCCUGGUGGACCAGUUUGAGUGGGACAUGUCGGAGAGGGAAAACUCUCCGGAGACGUUUGCCCUCAAGCUGUGCUCCGAGCUGGGCCUGGGAGGAGAGUUUGUCACCACCAUCGCCUAUAGCAUCCGCGGCCAGCUCAGCUGGCACCAGAGGACGUACGCCUUCAGGUAACACACACACACACACACACACACACACACACACACACACAAGAACAACACAGGACACCCGCACAGACAAGAACCUUCACACACUCAUGCUCGGUCAGACAAAUUAAUGUCCAAUGCAUUGCCCAGAGUACUGAUGAAAUUGAAAGUUGAGGUAGAAAUACCUGCACACAUAUUUGCUUGGAAAGUAUUUGUUGCAACACCCACACAUUUUUCAGCCUAGACGCAGCAUUCCCCAGUGCCUCAUUCUGUCCUGUAGAAUAGAUGUCUUAAAUACUCAAGAUUUGAGGUCGCCUGCAUCGUGGAACAUUGCUGGAAUAAGGCCAGAACACAUUUAGUUCACCUAAUGUUACUAUGUUCUGUGUUCUUUAAGAUUAACUGUAUCUCACAGUGACAUGAACAUGGAGUGAGGUCAGGUUAAGGCGUUUGUGUGUGUGGAGGGGUGUAGCAGUUGGCUGCUUGCCUAUGACUCACAAAGUGGAUUUAGAUUUCAAACACAUACAGACUGCCUGCGUCCUGUUUACAUCACUGAGUACACAAACACACACACACCUACAUCCAUUAUUCACAAGCACAAAUACCAUGUGUUUUUCCACCAAAACAAAAACCUCGCUACCCCUCAUCUGUUCAAAUAGUACUCUCCAGCAAACUGAACCCUGAAACAGUUCCUUUAGUGUGUAAUGGCAUUCGUUUUACAUAUUGAAAUAUCUUAACGCUGUACAGAUUUCCCCCCGGCCAGUGACACAGACAUACAGCCAUUUUGUUUGUGUAUAUGCUCCUCCCCCCACUCUGCCUUGCAUGGUUUGUCUCACCAGCUUGGCUCGGUUCAUUUGGGACGUUUGGAUCAUUUGGGCCCUGCUUAUCAAUCAGUGUUGGGCUCAAUUCAAUUUCACUAUUGGUUAUUUCAUGAAAUGUACUGAAAUAGCACAUUAACAAAUUUAGAAAUGUCAGAUUUGGUCUUUUCUUUAGUAUUAGUAAACAAUUGACAUUCCAUUGGUUUCGGUUUUGAGCCCAACCCUGAUGCCAAUGCUUUCCGAGUCAUUUCAAGCCAUUGAUUGUGUGUAAAUGGGAAAUGAGGAGUUUUGCUAACAUCAUAAUCAUCAUCAUGGCUUGUUUUGUUUUGCAUUGCAAAUUAAUUCUCUUUUCUACUCUCUCUCCCCCCACUUGUCUGUCCCUUAUAGGUCUGAUUUCAGGUCAAUAUGCUUUUGAAUUACUUGACCUACCCCCCCCCUCUUCCCCCAAGCUUAACCCUCUGCCACCCACCCACGUUCUCUUGACACGGUCUGCCCUGGGAAGCUGAGUACAUUUACACUUUAUAUCUCUUUCGCUCUCUCUCGUCCGUUGACUUGACUUUGCAGUACUCUCUUUUGAUUGAUGGAUGCUUUAUGACUUUGGCUAAGUGUGCUAGUGGUGAAUCAGUGCUUUACUUUCCUACUUUUACAUGGCAUCUUGGGCUUGAAAAAAAUACAUGGUAGACAUUUUUGGAAAACUUUAAGUUCCAAUAAGUCAAAUGUUUGUCCCUUUGUAUCAAGGGUGUGUCUAUUCCUCAUCAAAAUGGGACUAACCCACAAGAGCGACAAAAAUGUUUGCCUCUUAUUUGCUAUCCCACUUCUUCAACACACCAUGACCGCAGCAUGUCCCAUCCUGGGCGCUCUCUUCCUCGUUUGCGUCUUUGACUUCCUGUCGCUCUGAUGUAAUUUCCUGCAGUGAGAAUCCCCUGCCUACAGUGGAGAUCGCUAUCCGCAACACAGGUGACGCCGACACGUGGUGCCCCCUACUGGAGACCCUGACGGACGCAGAGAUGGAGAAGAAGAUCAGGGACCAGGACAGGAACACCAGGUAAUAGAGAGAGAUGGCCUGCCAUUCAAAACCUGGGUUCUUUCUCAAUUCAUCUUUCCUUUUCGAUUCCUCGCAUCCUCUCUCCUUGCCUACUUCUCAAAACCCAUUGGAGAAGAAGAUUCGAGGGGAGGGACCUUGGACCUUCUACAGUUGAGAAGGAGUUGAGGAAUCACAGAAAGACAUUGAGAUAGAGCCUUACUCUACGACUAGUGCCCUCUCCUAGUCUCUAUGUCCACUGUUGUAGAAUGGCUUAAAUUGUCCAUUUUUUUGUUCAUUAGUGCAAAUAAUUUUGUAUGUCAUCAAUUACGUUUUCAAGAUAGAACACACAUCAUCAUGAGUUUUUGCUCUGUACUGCUCUCUAAUUUGAAAACUUGACUGCUGACGUGCACAAUUUAGGUGGAUUGUAUUAACUGGGGACUAAUGUGUGUAAUAUUCCUUUUAAUGGGCGAUGGAGCAUUGUGGUGGAACUUAUUAGAACUCACCCUGUCCUCUAGGAAGCGAUCAUUAAAGAAAGUGGGCUGGCCAGAGGUUAGAGAGACAGACCAGUAACCGGAAGGUUGAGGAGAGACCGCAAGAUGGUUUUGCCUCAAAAUCAGACAAAUUGUUUUUGGUCUGCACCAGUCAGACCAUUGAAAACUGAUCUGAGCAAAACCAGUUUAUAAUUUGGAAUAGGGUAUCUGGUCAGAAAAGUAUGAAAGCCUGAAUCAUCAGAUUCCCCAUCUAAGAAUAUUCUCUACUGUAUUCAUCCAGCCUAUCUGCCAUCGGCCACAUAAUAAUCUAUUCCAUGUGUUUUCCUUUCAGGCGCAUGAGACGACUUGCCAACACUGCCCCUGCCUGGUAGAGCGAAGCAGCAAUAAACUACUACAGAGCCUCUGGUCAACUAACGGUCAGCCCCAAUGGGCCCUCUGACACACACACACAAACUCAACAAUAGACAUUCCACUGGUCCCUUCUUACAGCCCCCAUAAUGUUAACUAACUCUAUGCUUGGCUGUCAUGUCCUCUGGACACAGAUCCAGGACCAUUGUCACAUACCGAACUCCAUUAAUUAGAAUUACAUUUGAUCCAGGAACAGAGACUUUUGUUGAAGGAGCCUUAUCCAUUUCUAUUGAUGAAUCCCAAUCCAAGCCCCUGUAGUGGUUCAAGCCGCUACUCAUUUCUGAUGAGAUGAGGUGGUAAAUGACAGGUGCCAUGGGCAGAGUGUAUGGAUCAGUAUGAAAUGUAGCCUUUGUUGUUUCUACGGACUCACCAUCCAAGUGAGCUCAAACUGUAAUACUGCUCUGAUGCACUCGUAUCCCUCUUGAUGGACGAUGCAGAUGGAUGACUGACUGACGUGUCCGUUAAUAGAAACUAUUGUUACACUCGAGCAGACUCAACUCUUGCAAAUAAUGUAAACGUAUGUAUUGUGCUUUCUUUUUGUAAAGGUGCUGUUACUUUUAGUCAACGUUUUUGUUUUGUUUCCUUUUUUAAAUAAAAUGCCAUGUUUGUUGCUCUACAA